GCCUUGGCGUCAUGGGACUACUAUUUAUGUUGGUGCUCCUGGUGAGUGGCAUUUUCCUGUGGCGCAAGCGCAGACGCCGUCAUACGGAGAGGGUUCUCCCUAUGGGCAUGCCACCAAUGCCAGCAUACGACUUGGAGGAUUAUAAUCCGCCCCCUCCCCACGAGCUGCCUCGGAAGAUGUGAAUGGCUGUGAUUGCGAGUUGUUUAUCAGAGACUUCUUGUUCCUGAUUUCUUUCCAACAGUAUAUUCUCAGUAUUACUCCCCUUUCUUUAUGAGUUCUAGCAGCAAUGUGGUACUACGUCAGUCGCUAUAGGAAUUUUG